AUGAGUUCUACAUUACGUGGUUCAGCUCCUUCCAGGGUCCGCAUCUUGCCAUCCAGCCCUAAUUCACUGGUAGCUGAAAUUGAUCCACCGAAGGACGCAACCGGCAUAAAACUGUACACUUUGUGGGCCCGCGAGAGUAAUAAGUUGGGGUGUUCAGUGAAAGCAGCACCAAAGCCGUCGUGCAAAAUCACUGGUCUUGAUCCGGCUAGAAGCUACACCUUUGAUGUCAGAUCUUGGAUGGGUGGGAAAUUUAACCACACAUGCAGUGACCCCAUGACAGUCGUCGGAUGGACAGAGCCGCAAUAUCCAAAGUCCGUGGCAGUGAGGCCUAUCUCCACCUCAUCUCUUGUUGUUCGAGUCAACCUUUCUCUGGGUGCCGUUGGAAUCGAAUACUACGAAGUAGCUCUUCAUGGCAUGAAACCCCUCAAAUCAUGCAAUAUUUGGCCAAUAACAGGCUUUGAAUGCACACUGAAGGGUCUAGACGCUGCUACGGAGUACCAAGUCUCAGUCAGGGGGUGUCUAAAUGUCUCAAAAUCUGCCGUCUGUGGCAGGAGAUUCAAUGCGUCAGGAUGGACCAAACCGAAAGGUCAACCGACUGGAGUAGCCUUGAAGUCAAUAACACCGUCAUCACUAGUCGUCCGAUUCCCGAAACCCGAGGUAGUCAACCGUACGAUUCAGUACACAGCAACACUUCGCGGUGGCUUGACGACAAAGCACUGUAAAGUGACGUCCAAGGAGAAGCUGGAGUGUCAGUUUGAAGGCCUGAAAGCAGCUACGGAGUACAACGUCACAGUCAGAGCCUGCAUCGACGCCAAACGCGUGUUGCUGUGUAGCAAGGAUGUGAUGGCAUCUGCUUGGACAAAGCCAAAUGCUCCACUGGAAAUGACCGUGGACAGAGUCACUUCCAGCAGCUUCUUCGUCAGCUGGCUAGAGCCAGAAGGCAUCACGGGGGAUGCUGGUUUCUAUCGGGCGGCGGCCAUGACAGGCUUCGGAAACGCCGUGCAAACAAUGGAGCACUUCUGCGUUGCCAACGCUUCGCACGAGGACCUAGGGUGCUCCAUUGACGGCCUCAAUCCGGACACCAUCUACACCGUGUCCGUGAGUUUCUGCGUCUCAAAGAGACUCUGCAGUGAUGCAGCUGGUCGCAUGAGCAUAAAAACUAACGGUGAGCUCGUUAACCUCGGUGUAACGACGAAUUCCCCUGACCAAGUGGGUACGCAGUUGUGGCAGCUGGAUCUUACCGCGUUUUCGAAUUACCAGCCGAUUUUUAUCUCCGUUACCAUUGCUGUCGUCUUUGCCAUCAUCGUUUCGCUUGUUCUACUGUGUUUAAAGCGAAAGGUGGGCUGUCGAUGUAGCAAGGACGAAGUCGUCGAAGCCGAACCCACGAAAAACGAAUGGUGA